UAUUUGAUCAAUAAUCAAUUGGCAAGUAGAGGGCUAGUUUGGUAGUUAGUGUUUAUAUUUACGUAUUUUAGCAAGGAAAGUUAUAUAAUAACAAUUACUACAUAACAAUUUUUAUUGAUAAAAAAUUACAUUUUAUAAUAAUUCUUACUUUUAAUGUUUGAGAAAUACUAAAGUUAACCAACCGGCUUCAUGAUGAGGAUAUUUUUAUUAAAAACUUUGUCAAAUUCUCUUAGAAAGCAAUGUUACUCUACAAAGAAUGUGAAAAAAGUUACGCAUUGCAUCUUCGACAUGGACGGCUUGCUUUUAGACACCGAGCAAGUUUAUAAGAAGAUGAUAACACAGCUUUGUGCUAAAUAUGGGCAUGAAUAUACAGAGGAAUUAAUGAUGAAAGUUUUAGGAGGAACUGAGCAGAGGUUAUCGGAAAUACUAUGCAAGGAUUUAAGUCUGCCUGUAACUCCUAGAGAAUUUCGAGACGAGUUGUUAGAAAUGGGUGAUAAAAUGCUGGCGGGGACUCCACUAUUAGAUGGUGCUGAAAAAUUAAUCUGCCAUCUUCAUAAAACAAAAGUGCCAUUUGCUCUAGCAACAUCAUCCAGUGAAAGGUCGGUAAAGACUAAAAUAGCCUCAUAUAGAGAACUCUUCAGCUACUUUAAUCACAUGGUCAUGGGCAGCACGGACAAGGAAGUCAAAUUUGGCAAACCCCAUCCUGAUAUAUUCCUUGUGGCUGCAUCACGUUUCCCGGACAAACCAAAACCAGAAAAGUGUUUAGUAUUCGAAGAUUCUCCUCACGGGGUUACAGCAGGAGUGAAGGCGGGCAUGCAAGUGGUCAUGGUACCUGAUCCUCACCUGGACAAAAGACUGACGACCCAUGCUACUAUAGUGCUGCCUACUUUAGCAAAGUUCCAACCAGAAAUGUUUGGUCUACCCCCAUUUCAGUGAUAUUAUUUAAGGAAAGUAGUGAACUGAAAAUUUGUAGUAAAUACCAGAUGGUAGUCAUUGUUCUUGAACUUAAGGAAUGGUCAGUAGUUUGUUGAAUUUGAAUUUUUAAGUGAAAAUUAAAACUACAUAUCUGUUAUAUUUUUAGUAUCCCUGUUAUAAUAGCUUUAAACAUAAUUUUGUAGAUCAGUAGUAACAAAUACAACAGAUGAAAGAGACAUUUUAUAAUGGGUGGACAUUUGCCAUAACCAAGUAGUUUGUACAGCUCUGCAUAUUUUUAGUCUGUGGUAAAUUGUGUAUUUUUGUAUAAUCUUUACCAAUUUAGACCUAAGAGUAAAUAUAAAAUACACAUUUACAAAAAUAAUUUAUUUAGCUACUUUUCUAGUUGAUUUUGGUAGUCAUUUUUAAAUGUAAAAUAAAAUAUUGGUAUAA